AUGGGACCACUACCAAGAGAGCGUGUCCAACCAACACGUCCAUUUGAACGCUGCGAAAUCGACUUUGGCGGACCAAUAAGCACUUACCUGCGAGUGCGAGGAAAGACACCUACCAAAUCGUACUUGGCGAUAUUUGUUUGUCUUGUCACUAAGGCGGUUCAUAUUGAGGUGGUCUCGGACUUGUCUACCAAAGCAUUCCUGAACGCUCUAAAACAUAUGGGUGGUCGGCGAAAGAUGCCGUGCCACAUUUUCUGCGACAACGCCACGAAUUUUGUAGGAGCAUCCAUCCAUUUGCAAGAGGUCAAACAAUUUUUGUUCAAGCACGAAACCCAGAACGAAAUUAACAAAUAUUGCUCUUCCGAUUUUAUUAAUUUCCAUUUUAUCCCACCUAGGGCACCCCAUUUUGGCGGCCUCUGGGAAGCAGCAGUUAAAGGCGCAAAGGGACUGCUAUAUCGCACAUUGGCUAAUACAAGAUUAACAUUUGAAGAACUGAGCACUGUAGCUGUGGAAAUAGAGGCCAUACUAAACUCGCGUCCACUCUCACCGCUAUCAUCAGAUCCCAAUGACUUUGAAGCACUCACUGCAAGACAUUUUUUGGUCGGGUCAUCGCUACGUGCCCUACCCGAAAGCUCACUCGAAGAGAGAAAUAUCUCGAAUUUGGAUCGAUACGAUAUGAUCACGACGAAGCUGCAAUACAUGCCUUUGAAAAAAUUAAAAUAG